AUGACCGAUCAAGAUGCCUGGGCAAUUCAAAAGACAAUCAUGCAAACUGAGUUUCCAUUUAUUGUGCUCAAGUCACUGCAGUUUGCCCUCUUCCGUACUUAUGGCAUCCCAACUAUAUCUACCCUCCUCUUGAAAACAUCUCAGUUAUCAGACUCUACAACCUCGUUCAAACGAUAUGCCGACACGGGUACACUCAUUGGCGAAUUCAUGGCCUUCGACCCACGCUCCGACCGAGCGCAGACAGCAAUAGCCCGAACCAACUUCCUACACAAGGGCUACCGAGCCAGCGGCAAGAUCCUAGAAGCUGACAUGUUAUACACACUAAGCCUCUUCGCACUCGAGCCAAUCCGGUUCGUGAAACAAUAUGAGUGGCGCGAGAUGACUGAAAUGGAACAGUGCGCUGUUGGGACAUACUGGAAGAGUCUCGGCGAUGCGUUGGGAAUCAGUUAUGACGCUUUACCUUCUGGAAAGUCUGGCUUCCAAGAUGGGAUUCACUGGUUGGAGGAGAUCGGUGCAUGGAGCGGGCAGUACGAAAUUCAGCACAUGAAGCCACAUCCUCGCAACAAGGAGAUUGCGGAAAAGACGAUUGACGUGCUGGUGUAUAAUUUGCCCAACUUCUUGAAGCCGUUGGGUAGAUACUUCGUGUCAUAUCUGAUGGGAGAUCGACUUCGAGCCGCGAUGAUAAUGGAAGAGCCGCCGGUAUUGUUUGGCGGCAUACUCGCCUUGAUAUUCAAGGUCCGCAAACUAUACCUGCGAUACUUGUCGCCCCCACGCCCGAACUUCAUGCGAUUGGACGUCUUCACCGAUAAACCGAACAAACAUGGCCGCCACUGGGUUCUGAUAUAUGAUGGAGCUCCAUUCUAUGUGCAGCCCACGAUCUGGAACCGCUGGGGGCCCAUGGCGUGGUUCAAGUGGUCGCUCGGACAACCAUUGCCUGGUGAUCACGGUGACAAGUAUUACCCACAGGGUUAUCACACCCAUGAUCUGGGACCGAAGUAUUUUGAGGGCAAGGGAUAUAAAGAAUUGGAGAAUUUCAAAGAGACUCUGCGUCAAAAUCGGACGGGACAGUGUCCAUUCCCAUGA